CCCCACCAUUAUUAGGCACAACAGUAGUGGGCAACGGCUUGGGUUCGGGGACGGGAACGGGAACGGUCUCCGUACUGUGAUUCAGAAUGAGCGGCGGUGGGGAUGGCUGUGGGCAAAUGGCAAUCGGCCUGAAGCCUCCAGAGUGGUAAUAGUUGUUGUUGUUCAUGUAGACCGGGGAAGGAUGGAGCACAUUGGGCUGUGUAUGAGGAAGAGGGUAGCAGUAGUAGUAGAAGAAGAGUCGAUUAGGGUUGGGGAUUACAGCCGGGUGAUAGAAGAAGGCAUGGGAAUGAUCGCCGGCGGCGGUGGGUUUGAGAGGGAGAGGCGAAAUUUUGGCGUCGGUGUGGGUUUGGGUCUUGGUCGGAGGAGAGGGAAGAAGAGCGAGCGGCGUUGAGCGGCGAGGCGCCGGUGGGUUGUUAAAAGGCGGUGCGUUGGGGUUUAGAGCAGAAGAAGGGGUUUGGGGGUGGGAGUUUGGAAUUGCCGGCGACAUGGCGGUGGUCGGAGGUGGUGCGGGGGAGAGGGGAUGGGUUGGAGGAAGGGGAACACAGAGGUUUCAGCGGUACACCCAAUAAUGCCAUUGAUUGGGCUGUUGAAGACGCACGGGAAGUUGGUGCUGGUCGGUGCGCCGGAGAAGCCGCUUGAGUUGCCGGUUUUCCCUCUGCUGAUGGGAAGGAAGAUUGUAGGGGGGAGCUGCAUUGGGGAAAUGAAGGAGACGCAAGAGAUGCUCGAUUUCGCGGCGAAGCACAACAUCACGGCGGAUAUCGAGGUUAUAUCGGCAGAUUAUGUGAACACGGCGAUUCAGCGCCGUGAGAAGGGUGAUGUUAAGUACCGAUUUGUGAUCGAUGUGGCCAAGACUCUCUAGCAAGGUUAAGUUUUUGUGUGUCAAUUUCUAAAAAUUUAAUUUUUAUAAUUAUAAUUUUUUUAUAAUGAUGUGUAAUUUUUAAAAAUUUAAUUUUUAUUUUUAAUCAUUUUUUAUUUGCCACGUCACACAUUUAACGGUCAACAGUUAGAGUUGACCGCCACGUCAGUCAAAGUUAACGGAGGUUAACGGAGAGUGACCGAACUUGAACUGUUCAACUAAUUAGAGUGACUACAAAUGGAAUAAAUUAAUUUGAGUGGCAAACGUGAAAUUUUAAAGCAAUUUGAGUAACCAAACUUGCAAUUAAGCCGGGCAAUUCAACAGGCCUGAAAGGUAGUGUUAGGCCCAGUCAACAACUUAGCCAAUCAUGGGCCGGGCAAUUCAACAGGCCUGAAAGGUAGUGAUAUGCCUAUUUUCUCAUCUAACUGAACCAAAUUGUGUGUUUGGGCAAGCAAUUAUAGUUUUUAAGCAGUUUUCAGUUCUAAGCAAAUCAAAACCAGGUAGAAGAAUACUGACAGUUUACCAUCAAGACUUGAGAGAUAUUAUUAAGACUUAUUCACUGUUCAUUAAGACUUAUUUACAAAUUACAAUACGUACUUUCUAAUUCUCUCACUAUUACAAUCUCACGUGUCCUUAAACUCCAUUAGGAUAUGUUAAAUUCCAAACAGCAGAAAUAACAAACAAACAAAAAAAAAAAAAACGAGAAUUGACUUAGCAUAUUCUAAUAAAACUAUCUUUUUCCCCUUCUCAAAAUUAGGUGGCAGGUUGUAAUUUGACUAGGAAUCUACUAGUACUAGGACAUCUCAACAGAAGCAAGGACCCGACACUAGUUGCGGUUUCAUUCCUUGCCUGCUAGUGGGUACCCCAAGUUUUGGAGCUGAAUUAUUAAAACUCCAAGUUCACC